AUGAGCUAACCAGUAUUCAGUCAACCUACUAACCAAAGCUAUAGAGGUAAAGUCCAUUCUCAAAGGGAAAGAUAAUCAUCCUAAGCAGGCCUCUAGCAACUUCAAAAUUCACAAGGCACCUACAUCACUCAAUCUCAGUCAUCUUAGGAUAGUCAAGUAAUGUCAUAAUCCUACUCAAGCUAAAUUUCAGUGAAAGAAAAAAACUCCAUGCCUCAAGCAAACAAUGCUCCUCACAAACAAAUUCUUUAGCCUUAGAACUUGCAAUACUCCAGAAAUCAUGGUAGUAGCAAAAACAAUACAUCUGACAUAAGCUUCCCAGUUCACAAUGGAAGGAAUGAGUACCAUUCUAAUCAGAUUGAGGACUUUUCUUUGAAUAAUUUGAGCUUUUAUGAAAGCAAAAAAUUAGCCAAGGCUAAAUCCUCUGAAGAUAUUUUACAGUUUUAAGACUUCAAAAGAUUUGAAGAGCCUCAGUAGACUGAUACCCCAUAACUUAUGGAGGAUCAUAUGAGAUAUCUAAUUGAUUAAGGGGUUUAAGAUUCUAUGAAUUCAUUCAAACACCUUCUUAAUCUAGAUGGGUUAGAUAUCUAGAUACUCUUCAAACUUGCUACUACUGAAAACCCAGCUAUAAAGUACUUAUAUGAAGAGAUUGAGAAAACAGAUGAAGCUUUUAAUGACUUGUUCUUUGAGUCAGCAUAGACAAUCAAUAGACUUACUAAUGAGUGGCUAUUACUUAAAGAGGAACUUAAAAGUCUGCAAUAGCUAGCAUUUGGCCAAGAUGAGGAGGAAUAGAAGCCUCUUUCAUCUAAGGAAAAGCAAGAAAUAAAAGGCUUAAGAAGAAGAGCAGCAGAAACAGCAAUCAAAAUGAGUGAGGAUCUUAUGAGAGAAUCUAGAGCUGACAAGAUCCUUUUGUUUCUGAAAUUAAGAUACCCUGACUAAUUAAACAUCGAGGAUGCAAAUGAGUGUGAGAAUCUGAAAAAACUGUUCGACAAGUACUAGAAAGACUUGUCUGAGUACGACAAGCUUAAUCUAUAUAGAGAAGGGUUGGCAGUCAAAGGAUUUUUGAGUGAAGUAGAGAAGAUGGGCUAUAAUUUUAAGCUGAGAUAAGCUAGUCUAGAAUCAGAUACUGUUUAUGGAGAUGCUCCUGAGCACCUUUUGUUGAAGCCAAUGAAGAAAUCUGAAUUUAACCUUGAAGAAAAUAAUGCAAAAACUGCCAAGAAGAAGGUCGGAAGACCAAAAAAAGUUCUAUCACAAUCAACCAGCAAUCAUAGUAUUUAAAAGUUCAUUGGUAAUUCCCAUAACUCUAUGUCUAAACCUUCACCAUUAACUUCGGCUAAGAUGACCACUCUCAACAAAAACUUCAAUAGGUCGAUAGGCUAAGAUACCAUUACUGAGAUGUCUGAAUUCUCAGAAGAUUCUUCUUCUUCAAGUUCAUCAUCAUCUUCGAGUGCUUCUUAGAAAUCAGACUUUGAUGAUGAACUUAGCCUUGAAUCUAUAAGUAAUCUUCUUGAAGAUGAUAAUUAGUAGAUUACCUUCAAUCACACUCAGAAGGGAGCAAAGAAACUAAAAUAGAGUCAAGCUGAGAUCAAGAAUAAGGGUAAGAGAAGAUAGUGA